AAGCGGAUCAUAUUGAAGCAGACCUGCCAACUCAUGAUAUGUGAGCAACUUUGACGGCCCGACCCGGUGGGGAUAUAUUCAUCUUCCGCUGUACCGUAGGAGUAUAAGAAGAUGAGUGGCUACCCUCAGGAAUUUGCAUCCAGCAGCCCCGUCUCUGCUUUACAUUCGUUUCCUUCUGCAACUUCGUUAGCUCCUGUCUUGUCUUUCUCGCAAUGCGUUCCUCACUUCUCAGUCUUGCUGUCUUUGUUGGUACAGGCAUAGCCUACCCUAAAGCCGCUGCCAAAGUGGUAGAAGAAACCCGUACCCUUGAUCAGCUUCACAAAGCUGCACUUGCCGAAGGCGGUGUCGUCACUCUCUGGCAUGGCGGAGAUGAGGCAACACAGCAAAACUUUCUGAAAACGGCUUUUGAAACCCGCUUCCCUGGCAUGACUCUCAACGUCACUGUCGACGUGUCCAAGUACCACGACGGGAACCUCGACCAGCAGAUUGCAGCCAACAACGUCUAUGUAGACAGCAUCAUCUUGCAGACUCUGCAUGACUACCCUCGUUGGAAGAAGCAGGGUGCUCUACUCAACUACCGGCCAGCCAACUUCGGCAAGGUACAUGCCCAGUUCAAAGAUAACGAUGCGGCAUACAUGGGCUUGUUCAUCAUCGCAUGGUGCAUGACUUCGAACGUGAACAAGACAAACGUGGCUUUGAAAGAAUACACCGAUUUUCUUAACCCAGUAUUCAAGGACAAGCUGGUUCUGACGUAUCCUAACGACGACGACGCAGUUUUAUAUCAGUUCGAUUCCAUUGUCAAGCAAUAUGGUCUUGGAUGGUUCGACUCCCUCCUCGCUCAGAACCCACGCUGGGUCCGUGGCACUGCUACACCUCACACGAUCCUUCGCUCCGCCGACAGCCCAAGCGUGGCCACCUUCACCUCAAGCAUCGGCUUCCCUCCCGCGGCUGGCAUAACUAUCCCCACUGAAGGAAAGUUUGCCAGCUGGCCCCAAACGGGUGCCAUUCUCAAGAAUGCUCCUCACCCUGAAGGCGCCAAACUUCUCCACAACUUUCUCCUCAGCACCGAGCACCAGACCUCCCGAGGAUGGAGCGUGAGAGAUGAUCUUCCGGCGCCACAAGGCUUCUCGAAGAUCUGGGAGCAGCCCGGUACAAAUGUGACUGAAUUUGGAGAGUGGAUGAACGACCGGUCAAACGUGGAGCGAUUGAGGCUCUUUUACGAAGGCAGGAUCGGUACGCCGCAGGGACUGAGCCCGAUUGUGGAUGAUUUGUGAGGUUUUGUCUGAACCAGUAGGAGAGAUGGUGUGGGAGCGAUCGCGGGAAGCCGUCUGUAUUUUCUUGCUCGUAACGUUUUGUGACGUAGGAUCGAAGCCAUCUAAGACUUUUACAUACGUUGCGUCUGUCUGAAAUUGUAACUAGCUACUCUUGUACAACGCGUUCUGGCAAUUCGCCUGCCUGUAUAUCUUGG